AUCUUCAACAGAGCUCAGUUUAAUUUUACACUUAAAGUUAACUCACAUAAACGCAACUAAAACACAAAAAAGCUACACCAACAUGUCUCUAGAACGUCAAGUCAAAGCCAAGCUCGCUGCUAAGCGUAACCCAGAACAAGACAAGGAAGCCCAGAAAUGGAUAGAAGAUGUAUUGGGCAAAAAAUUCCCUGCUGGACAAUUGUACGAAGAUGUGCUCCGCGAUGGUGUCAUUCUCUGCGAGCUCAUCAACAAGCUUGCCCCUGGAUCUGUACCAAAAGUUAACACUUCCGGCGGUCAAUUCAAAUUCAUGGAGAACAUCAAUAACUUCCAAGAAGCUAUCAAACGCUACGGAGUUCAUGACGUUGAUGUAUUCCAAACCGUUGAUUUGUACGAAAAGAAGGAUAUUGCCCAGGUGACGAACACCCUAUUCGCUAUCGGCAGAGCAACCUAUAAACAUCCCGAAUAUAAGGGCCCAAGACUUGGACCAAAACCAGCUGACGAACAUCACCCAGAGUUCACAGAAGAACAAUUGAAAUCUGGUCAAACCGUAAUCGGUCUUCAAGCAGGUACCAACAAGGGAGCUUCCCAAGCCGGCCAGAACAUGGGCGCAGGCAGGAAAAUCAUCCUUGGAAAGUAAUUGCGAUAAUUACCGAAGGAUAAAGGACAUUUACCCAAUUAUUAUAUAACUUAUUUUAUACAUACUUGUACGUUUAGAAAGUAUAUUUUUUAUUAAUAUGGAUGUAAUGUAAGCGAUCGCCUAUCAAAUAAAUAAUUUUUAUUUA